GUUGACCCAGGCUGCGUCAUCCAACGAUAUUGAAAGUCAGCACCACAUGCUUCCGACUGCGAGUCCGGAUCUACACCCAACAGAUAUCACAGAAUCGGGAGCGAUUUGGGGAUUUAGGGUUUCGAAAUCGAAAGCGUCGUCGUUUUCGAAAUGGCGUUGGGCAAGGUGAAGGAGCUCGUCUCGUCCAAUCCGGUAGUCAUCUUCUGCAACAAGUUUUGUCCUUACUGUGUUUGCGUGAAGCAGCUCUUCGUUCUAAAAUUGGGAGUCCAGUACAAGGCCAUUGAAUUGGACCAAGAGAGUGAUGGUAGUGAGAUACAAUCGGCGGUUGCUGAGUGGACUGGACAGCAUACUCUGCCCAAUGUUUUCGUUGGCGGAUACCACAUUGGUGAUUGUGAUAGUAAGUUCGACUUGACUCCCUAA